AUGGAGACGAAUGAUGAGAAUAGAGAAGAUAGAGACGUGGAGAGAAUUCCUGACGAAACUUUCAGGCAUCGAAAUGGAAACAAAUGGGAAAGACUGCUGAAGCCAGGGGUAAUUCUUGUUCUUCUGGUCUGGGGCUCCGUAUUACUUGCAAAGACUAUAAGCAAUUUGGAAAGAUGCAAUAACAACGGAGAAGACGUUGAUUCUGGCUAUCGAGUACCGAACUCUUCCCACACGGAAGACGGCUCUUUGAAGGUCUCUCUGAGAAACGUGAGAAACGGCACUUUCGUGCCUAGCCUCAAGUCAUUACAAUGGAUUAGCACUCCCGACUCGCAUGUUGCUGACAAAGGUCUGUUUUCCACAGUUUCGAAUGAAACCCAUGUUGUGAGAUCUGUAUUCGAUGAAGGUUUCUCGCAGGUACUUUUGGAAGGUAAUUCCUUUAAGUUCGAGGGCGAAAGCUAUAAGGUUGAUUUGUUGGUGACGUCACCGGAUUUGACUAGAUUACUUAUCAGGACUGAAACCGUUUCUAAUUGGAGACACUCUACCUUUGGGUCGUAUUUUGUGUACAACAAUGCCACGUCUCAAUUUGACAAAAUAGGUGACAACCUGUCACUGGCCAUUUGGUCACCCAACUCAGUGGAUAUUGCCUACGUGCAGGAUAACGAUAUAUACAUUUAUUCUUGCAAGGAUCGCCGAACAGUGAGAAGGGUCACAGAUGAUGGUAGCUCUCAGGUUUUCAACGGCAGACCAGAUUGGGUGUACGAGGAAGAAGUCCUAGAAGACGACAGGGCGUUAUGGUGGUCUCCCAAGGGUGACUAUUUUGCGUUCUAUAAGAUAGACGAAACCGCAGUUGGUGAAUUUGUCAUACCUUACUACGUGCAGUCUGAUGAGGAUGUGUAUUCACAACUUCGAAGCAUCAAGUACCCGAAAAGUGGGACCCCUAACCCUAAAGUCGGGCUUUGGAUCUAUGACCUUAAGGAUGGUUAUGCGUAUUCUGUAGAUCUGGGCUAUGACGAGAAAGAUCCCGAGUCAUCUCUUCUUGUCACGGAAGUGACUUGGGUUGGCGAGUCAAAACUGAUCACAAAAACAACUGACCGCUCUUCUGAUACACUAACGGUUUUCUUUGUCAAUGUAUCCACAAGAAGUUCAGAACAGGUGAGGAAAACAUCCUCCGAUGGCGGCUGGUGGGAAAUUACGCAUAAUACAUUGUACGUUCCACAGAAUGUAUCAAGCGGCAGACAUUCUGAUGGAUACGUCGAUGUAAUGCCGAUCAACGGAUUCAAUCAUCUCGUUUACUUCUCUCCAGCAAAUGAUACGGAACCAAGGGCUUUGACAGAAGGUAAAUGGGAAGUCGUUAAUGGACCAGCUGCGUUUGAUUAUGAAAUGAACAUUGUCUAUUUUUUUGGGACGAAAAAGUCAUCUACUGAAAGACAUUUAUAUGCGGUUAAUUUAGCUGAACCAAAGAAGCUGAUCGAGGUGACUGAUACAUCGAAAAGCGGAGUUUACGAUGCUUCCUUUUCUGCAGGUGGCAGAUUCGCCCUAAUUACCUACAAAGGUCCCGGUAUUCCGUAUCAGAAAAUUGUGGAUUUAAGGUCAUUGAAAACCGAUAAAGUAGUAGCUGGAAAUGUGAUUGGCAAGACCCUGUACUAUCUGGAGAAGAACCAAGAAUUAAAGGAAGUACUCCGUAAAUAUGCGGUUCCUUGCAAGAAGUUCCAAGAGCUAAAUCUUGGGGCCGACGAUAACGGUGAUGACGUAGUAGUGAAUUCAUACGAGAUUCUGCCCAAUGACUUUAAUGAGACAAAGAAGGACUAUUAUCCAGUCUUCUUUUAUGCAUACGGCGGGCCAAACUCGCAACAGGUUUUGCAGAAUUUUGCAAUAGGUUUCAAUGAGGUGAUCGCUUCCCAGCUGGACGCAAUUGUGGUAGUAGUAGACGGCCGUGGAACCGGGUUGAAAGGCACGCACUUCAGGUCUUUAGUUCGCGACAGACUUGGCGAUUACGAAGCGCGCGAUCAAAUAUCUGCUGCUGCCCAGUACGGCGCUAGAAGCUAUGUCGAUGCUGACAAGAUUUCCCUGUUCGGCUGGUCAUACGGCGGCUACUUAACGCUGAAAACUCUCGAGAAGGACGCUGGCACGCAUUUCAAGUACGGAAUGGCAGUGGCCCCAGUAACUGACUGGAGGUUCUACGAUUCGGUUUACACUGAGAGAUACAUGCACACCCCACAGGAGAAUCCCGAAGGCUAUGAGAUGGCCAGUGUUGCGAACGUAACGGCGAUUGCGCAUGCCAAGAGAUUCCUAUUGAUGCACGGAACCGGGGAUGAUAAUGUUCAUUUCCAAAACUCCCUAAAGUUCUUAGAUCUGCUCGACUUGCACUCUGUCGAGAACUAUGACGUACAGGUCUUCCCAGAUUCCGACCACAGCAUCAGAUACCAUAAUGCCAACACUAUUGUCUACGACAAGCUACUUUCGUGGGCCAAACUCGCCUACACGGGGCAGUUCAUCGAUUGA